AUGGCCAACGAUGACGAGACCAUCCAACUACUGCGAAAUGCGGCUGCGGACCGAAAGAAGCAUUUACGACCUGAUCAGUGGCUGCAGCCUAUCCGCACCGACGAAAGCGAUUUGAUCACUCCUAGGGAGGACUCUGAAUGCUCAAGCUCGAUAAGUCCCGGCAGCACCAUUCCCACGAUCGAGAAGCCCAAGAAACUAUGUCGAAACUACUGCUUGCGAGGGUUCUGCAACAAGUUUCCUUGUGAGUAUCGCCAUGAUGCUUCCAAGACUGCGUUGUGCUCCGCGGCGGCGAUGGGACUACGUUGCUCGGUCACCUUGAGUCCCAUGAAACAAUGCUUGCUGCAGCACACCCCGACCCCUCACAACCUCUACCACUGUGUCUUCUUCCUCCAAGGACUGUGCGUCAACCUGGAUUGCUCCUUCCUUCACCGUCCGGUCGAUGCAGAUGCUUUGGCUUGUCACGAGUUCGCUACGAUUGGCUACUGUGAGGCGGGCUCUAGCUGCAAAGAGGUCCAUGUCCAACCCUGUUCGUCCGCUUCUACCGAUGACUGUGGUCAUUGGACCUGCAAGCUGGUGCGUCCACGACCACAGAAGAAGAAGCCGACAGAUACGAUUGGGAAGGACUCUGAGCCGGAAAGACUUCUGGGCGGUGGCAAGUCGUCAAUGACCACAGACCGGUUCGUCAAGGCGCUCGCGGAGGAGGACUUCGUCGGCCCUGUCAAGGUUCAGACGGGACAGGCUCUAGCAGAGGAUGCUUUCGCUCCGAAUCAGGAUUCGAUCUUGUUCGAGUGA